CAACUCGCUAAGCGACACCACCCCAGAUCCCAGAGCAACUUCGAUACGCCCAGCGACGACGACAACGACAACCAGCCCUUCAACGGAAUCGCCAGUUCCACAUAAUUCAAGAUGACGAAGGGUACCUCCAGCUUCGGAAAGCGCCACAACAAGACUCACACUCUUUGCCGGCGUUGUGGCCGCCGCUCCUUCCACGUCCAGAAGUCGACUUGUGCCAACUGCGGUUACCCUGCCGCUAAGACUCGCAAGUUCAACUGGAGCGAGAAGGCCAAGCGCAGAAAGACCACCGGCUCCGGCAGAAUGCGUCACCUCAAGGAGGUCCACCGCCGCUUCCACAACGGCUUCCAGGUCGGCACCCCCAAGGGCGCUCGUGGUCCCGAGAACCACUAGAUUCCCCCCUUUCGAUGACUGUCGCGUUUUCGUUUCGUUCUCGGAGGCUGGAGGCAGGGCUGGUAUGACAGGGCCGGUUGGCAUUUGACGACGUGAACCGGGUCGCGAAUGCUAGGGGCAAUAAAAAAAAGACGCUAUUCCCCGUGGAGUUGGUGUUGGGACGGUCUUUUUUUUUCAUAUUUGCCGUCAUAGCAUUUCUUUAUUCUAGAGAAACACAAAAAUGGCAUAUAUUGACGACAAUGUGAAAGAAGAAAAAAAGACGCUCGUCUUCUCUCUUGCUCUCUGGGGAUGUUUUCUCUUUUUUCUGUUUCAAAGAAAGAAAUGAAAUGGGAAACUUUAUG